UCAAAUAUUUUUAAUCCUUUUCUUCAUGUGUUUGUUCCUCAAUUUUCUCAUUUCUCCGGUUUUAUUUUGGCCAAUUCAUUUUUUUUCUUUACCUUAAGUUUCAGACACCUAUUUCUUUUGAAUAAAUCAUUAGUGGUGUCUUUUAAGCUCUCCAAGCUACCAACGAACGAAGUAAUUUCAUAGCUACUUUGGUUUCAAUAAAUUAUUCAUAAUGGUUGGGAAGAUGAGCAAGUUGUACGUUCUAAAAAGAGGAGGUAGAAUGGAGGAAGUCCAUAUUGACAAAAUUACAUCAAGAAUUAAAAAACUUUGUUAUGGAUUAAAUAUGGAUUUUGUGGAUCCAGUAUCCAUAACACUAAAAGUCAUAAGUGGCAUUUAUUCUGGUGUUACAACUGUUGAACUUGACAAUUUGGCUGCUGAAACAGCUGCAACAAUGACCACUGAUCAUCCAGAUUAUGCUGUAUUAGCAGCAAGAUUGGCAAUAUCCAAUUUACAUAAGGAAACCAGGAAACAAUUUUCAGAUGUGAUCACAGAUUUAUACAAUAUUAUUAAUCCACAUACGAAGAAAAGAGCUCCCAUGAUUUCAGAGUUUCAUUACAAUGUUGUAAUCAAAAAUAAAGAGAGACUGGAUUCUGCCAUUGUAUAUGAUAGAGAUUUCAAAUAUAACUAUUUUGGUUUUAAAACUCUAGAAAGAUCAUAUCUGCUAAAAAUAAAUAAUAAGGUUGCAGAAAGGCCACAACAUAUGCUUAUGCGUGUUGCUAUAGGCAUACAUGGGGAAGAUAUAGAAGAUGCUAUUCAUACUUACAACUUGCUAUCAGAGAAAUAUUUUACACAUGCAAGUCCUACGCUUUUUUCAGCUGCUACACCUCGCCCUCAAUUGUCCUCUUGUUUCCUUGUUGCUAUGAAAGACGAUAGCAUUGAAGGCAUAUAUGACACUUUAAAACAAUGUGCACUUAUAUCUAAAUCAGCUGGAGGCAUUGGUGUCCAUGUACAUUGUAUAAGAGCCAAAGGCACUUACAUAGCAGGGACUAAUGGCGUCUCAAAUGGACUUGUUCCCAUGUUGCGUGUUUAUAACAACACAGCAAGAUAUGUCGAUCAAGGUGGAAAUAAACGCCCAGGCGCUUUUGCUGUUUAUUUAGAACCAUGGCACUCUGAUAUUUUUGAGUUUUUAGAUCUGAAAAAGAAUCAUGGAAAGGAAGAAGUGAGGGCUAGAGAACUUUUUUAUGCUUUAUGGAUACCUGAUUUAUUUAUGAAAAGAGUAGAAAAAAAUGAAAAUUGGAGUCUGAUGUGCCCUCAUGACUGUCCUGGUUUAGCUGAUUGCUGGGGAGAAGAAUUUGAAACACUAUAUGAGAAAUAUGAGGCAGAAAACCGUUUUGUUCGACAAGUUAAAGCACAAGUUCUUUGGCAAGCUAUAAUAGAAGCACAAGUAGAAACUGGAACUCCAUAUAUGUUGUAUAAAGAUGCUUGUAAUAGAAAAAGCAAUCAACAGAACUUGGGAACAAUAAAAUGCAGUAACCUUUGUACAGAAAUAGUAGAGUACACAUCAGCAGAUGAAAUUGCAGUUUGCAAUUUAGCAUCGAUUGCUUUAAACAUGUUUAUAAAUGAGGAUAAAACUUAUAAUUUCUCUAAACUUAAAGAAAUUACUAAAACGGUAACUCGAAAUCUUAAUAAAAUAAUAGAUGUUAACUUUUAUCCUGUUGUAGAAGCUAGAAAUUCGAAUAUGCGGCAUAGACCAAUUGGAAUUGGUGUGCAAGGUUUAGCAGAUACAUUUGUUUUAAUGCGGAUACCCUACGAAAGUGAAGCUGCUAUUAAACUCAAUCAGCAAAUAUUUGAGACCAUCUACUAUGGAGCUUUAGAAGCAAGUUGCGAAUUGGCUGAAAAAUUAGGUGUCUAUGAAACCUAUGAGGGUUGUCCUGUAAGUCAAGGCAUAUUGCAAUAUGACAUGUGGAAUAAAACUCCUACAGACCUCUGGAACUGGACGGUUCUAAAAGAAAAAAUAGCUAAACAUGGUCUUCGAAAUUCAUUAUUAAUAGCGCCCAUGCCAACUGCAUCAACUGCACAGAUUCUUGGAAACAAUGAAUCAUUUGAACCAUUUACAUCAAACAUUUACCAAAGAAGAGUUUUAUCUGGAGAAUUUCAAGUGGUCAAUCAUCACUUACUGAAUGAUUUGACAGAAGCAGAGUUGUGGGAUGAAGAUAUGAAGAACCUCAUUAUUCACAACAAUGGUUCUAUUCAAAAUAUUGAAGCAAUUCCUAAAGAUUUGAGAGACUUGUACAAAACAGUUUGGGAGAUUUCUGUGAAAACUAGCAUACAAAUGGCUGCGGAUAGAGGUGCAUUUAUAGAUCAAAGUCAGUCAUUUAACAUUCAUGUUGCUGAACCAAACUAUGGAAAAUUAACAUCUAUACAUUUCUAUGCAUGGAAAAUGGGUUUAAAAACUGGAAUGUAUUAUCUGCGCACAAAACCAGCUGUUAAUGCUAUUCAAUUUACUGUAGAUAAAUCGAAAGUACGGAGCAAGGUUGCAAAUGGAAAUUCUGACACAUAUGAUGCUAAUAUGGCAGCCAUUACGUGUUCUCUGCAAAACAAAGAUGAAUGUUUAAGUUGUGGAUCGUAAGCCGUGCCUACUGUUAGCUUCCAGUCAUAUUUUUAUUUCAAGUAAUUAUUUCUGCCACAUAUAUGUUAAAAAAAAUAGGUUUGCGCCCUCUUUAGCCAAACCAAACCAAAAUACCCUGGCUGAAAUGCUGUUGUACGAUGUAGGAUUAUUGACGAAUAUUUUAGGUGCGUUGUCUAGAAACAUUUCAUAUGUAUCAAUUAUGAGCUAAAAAAUAUUAACUUACAAAUUAGACAACUUGUAAUCUCAAGUUUGUUUUAUGCUCAACAAUUUCAAAAUUUUUGCUGCAGUCUGCAAUGUGUGAAUGAAGAUGUUUUUAUUAGUUUUUAGAGAAGCUAUGUUGCUUUAGAUUACUAUAUUUGUCUCAUUACAAACGAUAUUUUGUUAGUUAUGUAAGUAAACUUUAAUACAAUGAAAAUCAUUAUAAUUUGGUAGAUUAAUCUUUAUCAUGAUAUUCAACAAUUCUCAAACAAUUAUGACUUUAUACCAUUUUUUAUUCAUUGUAUCUAUUUCAUAAUUAUUAAUUA